AUGUGUACACCAACUCAGACCAGCCGGCCUUACAGAUAUCCAGAGACCGCUCCCGCCGAGCGACGAUGGAGGCAGUUCCAGUGCGAGGACGGGUCAGCUGUGACGCCUCCCAUCGAGCAGCAGCAAUCGCCUUUCGAAAGAUCGCCCUGGCCCACGGUCGAUCUCUAUCUUGCGGCCCAGACGUUCCAUCCGGCUACACUGGCGUCCAUCGCAGAUGCCUGA